AUGAAUGCCCAGGCUGGAGCAAAUAAUAAGGGGAAUGAGAAAAUAAUGGGUAAACAUGGAACAGAAAUCAUCAACAGUAAUGGCGAAGGGCUUGUAGAAUUCUGCGGAAUGAAUGAUCUCGUCAUUUAUGGAACUAUAUUCCCACACAAGGACAUUCACGAAAACACCUGGACCUUUCCAGAUAAAAGAACAACAAAUCAAAUUGAUCAUACACUCGUCAAAUGUAAAUACUGCUCAUCAAUAAAAGAUACCCGGGUCAUGAGAGGCGCUGAUGUUGUAAGUGGUCAUCAGCUUGUAAGGUCACAAGUGAAGUUGAAACUUCGAAAACACCUGUACAAGACAAAGACAAACCCAAGAACAAGAUAUGGCACUUGCAAACUACAAAAUCAAAUAAUCAAAAGCAAGUUCACUAUGAAACUGAAGAAUAAAUUUGCUUUGCUUGAGGCAAUUCCAGAUGAUACUGACAUAGAAGAGAAAUGGAAAAACUUCGAUAAAGCAUUCAACCAGACAGCCAAAGAAGUACUUGGUGUAAAAAAAAAGAAUCGAAAACCGUGGAUAGGACCAGACUCUUGGGAAAAGGUUGAAGAGAGAAAACACCUCAAAAUUAAAACUGAAAAUGCCAAGUCUAUCAGAAUUAAAACAGCAGGUGCAAAUGGAAUACAAAGCCAAAGAAGGAGAUGUCAAAUCAAGUAUAAAUGA